AUAUGUAGGGAAAGCAGUGAAAAAGUGUAGGACUAGACGCUUGUUUAUUUUAUUUUAUUGCAAAACAGUCUUGGAAGUCUUUAAAUAUGCCCGAGUACACGCUUUGUAGGAUCUGUUUAACAGAAGAUCUUAGUUUAGACGGCAUGACGCCCCUAUUCGACGAUCAGAACGUGGAGUGUCCAGAGCUGGUGAAGAAAAUUGAAGAAGUCGGCAGCAUCAAGCUAGCCCCACUUCAGGACAUGGUGAGCAUGCUGUGCUUUAACUGCGUGGACACCCUCUCGAUUGCACACAAAUUCCGGGAACUGUGCCAGGCGAGCGAGCGAGCCUUUUCCGAUAAUAUUGUCAAGGCGGAGAUGAAGUGCGAACCCACUGAGGAUCCCUCCAGCUUAGAGGAGCAUAACAUUGAGUAUAUUUACGAGGCUGCCAGCGAAUUCAUUGAUGCCGAUGGCGAUAUUGAACUAGACACUAUGCUGGAAGAGCGUUUGGAGGAUGGAAUUACAGAAGCUGACGCGGCAUUCGGCGACAUAGGUGUGGUGGAGGAGAUAGAUGAAAAUGACCUGCUGAUAGAAAACGGCAGCGAUAGUGACUACGAGCCAAGUGAACGUUACCGCAAGCCAAAGAUCCGCAAAACGCGGCUCGCCAAACGCGGUCGUGGCAGACCACGGAACUCCACUCUGGAGAAUGGUCAGGAAAAGGCGCCUGGCAUGUGCAGGUCCAGUGAAGAGCCCACUAAUAUCAUGUGCGAAAUUUGUGGCAACAUCUACUCCAAGAGAGCAGCACUCAACAUUCACAUGCGCCGUCAUCUGGCUGAGAAGCCGUUCGAAUGCGAGAUUUGCGGUAAAACGUUUGCGGGUCCCUCGGAGCUUAAUCGCCAUAUACGAGUACACACUGGCGAGAAACCGUUCACGUGUAAAUACUGCUCCCGCUCGUUUGCGGAUCGAAGCUCCAACAUACGGCAUGAAAGAACUCAUACAAACGAACGGCCCUUUGCCUGCUCAACUUGUGGCAAGUCCUUUUCUUACUCUAACGUCCUGAAGAAUCACAUGUUAACUCACACGGGGGAGAAGCCCUUUUUGUGUCUGCCCUGCAACAAAACCUUUUCUCGUAAACACCAGCUGGAGCAGCACAUCGGCACGAUGACCCACCAGCAAACCAUGAGAGCGCACCAGACAAACGAGACCUUACGGGGUGCUUCGGAAUUAUACUAGUUUGUUAAAGAUUUAAUUAAAUGAACAUAUGA